AAGAACGCAUACCCGCGUCUUCUGAUUUCCGGUAUAUCUGAAAGCAACAACUGUCAAAGUUGGCUCUUUUCUCGCUCUUUUUCCGGGCAUCCUUGAUGUGAGAGUGCACACAUUUCAUUGUGAACGUACAUUAUUUUCGCUAUGGUUUUUGGAUCAAAAGUGAUCAAGGCAGGUGGUGCCGAGCCUGAUGCCUUCGAGGGACAGAUCGGCCAGGCCAUUCUGGAGCUGGAGAUGAACUCGGACUUGAAGCCACAGCUUCGUGAUUUGCACAUUACUCGUGCCCGUGAAGUUGAGUUCAACAGCAAGAAGGCUAUCGUGAUCUACGUCCCGGUGCCAAAGCAGAAGGCCUUCCAGAAGGUUCAAACUCGGCUGGUCCGUGAGUUGGAGAAAAAAUUCUCAGGCAAACAUGUAGUGUUCAUCGGGGAGCGUCGUAUCCUGCCUAAACCUCAGCGCGGACGUCGUGACCCCAACAAGCAGAAGCGUCCACGCUCGCGAACCCUUACCGCCGUUUACGAUGCCAUCCUGGAGGAUUUAGUCUUCCCGGCUGAGGUUGUAGGCAAGCGAAUCCGCGUCAAGCUCGACGGUUCCCAGCUGAUCAAGGUUCAUUUGGACAAAAAUCAGCAGACAACCAUUGAACACAAGGUUGACACCUUUACCUCGGUGUACAAGAAGCUGACUGGACGUGACGUUACGUUCGAAUUCCCGGAACCCUACCUAUAAACUAUUAUGAUAGUUGUUAUUGAUAAGUGAUCGAUAAUGUAACGAGAAAGCAAGCCGCAAAUGUGAGCACUACACCAUCAUUUGCUUUAUCACAUUCGUCGUAAAUAAUAAAAGGAAUGAUCGCAGGUGUAAAAAAUUAAACAA